GGUGAGAGUGAGAAGGAAACCUCUGGGUCAUCCUAAAGGACUUCCUUCGUCAGCUUUUGCGGGAUUCCCAAGCUGUUGGGAGGCCAGCGUUUUCCAACUAGGGCUCACAUCCAGGUCUCCUUUCCUCGGCAUUCACAACAGCCUCCUCCCAAGGAGCCUUCUGAGUUGAACCGCCAGGUGGCGCAUCUCUCGAAGGAAAUACAUCUCUGUCAUAAAUGGAGGGGUAGUUGCCUGGCAACCAAAAACUGGGCGUUCCAAACAAUUGGGACCGGGGAUCCUGUACGAGACAGGUCUGUGCUGCGGCUGCGCUAAUCUCCUGGGACUAAGCCAGAGUCUUUGGGCCUUUAAGUAUGCCUCACUCUCAGGAAUCUUUCUCGCACCCUACCUUAAGUGAAGAAGACUCACACUUGGGAAGUCUGCGGGCUUCUAAGAAAUCAUCGUUUAAGAACCCAACUCACCUUGCUCAGCAGCAGGAACCCUGGAGUCGGCUCAACUCAACUCCCACAUUUACCUCCAUGAGGCGAGACGCCUGCUUUUUUGAUCCCAAGAUGCCAAAGGAUGAUCUGGAUUUCCGCUUAGCAGCCUUGUAUGACCACCACACUGGGGCAUUCAAGAACAAAACUGAGAUACUGUUGCACCAGGAGACCAUUCAGGAUAAGCAUGGCAAGAUCCAGUUUCCUGGAGAAUGUUUCCACUCCCCUGCGGCCCCCAUCACUUCCCGGGCUAACAUCAUCAGACACUGGAUCAACCCUAAGAAAGAAUCCAUCCACAGCAUCCAGGGAUCCAUAGUGUCUCCUCACACGGCAGCCACCAAUGGAGGUUACUCCCGAAAAAAUGAUGGUGGCUUCUUCUCCACCUAGUGGUGAGAACUGGGUUAAUUUCGUCAUGGUGGGACAUCCGGCUGCCCCUUCUUCAUUAAAUAGGUUUGUUCAAAAUGAA